AUGGCACCGCUCCUCCACUUCGACCUGCUCGACCAGAGGCAGCGACAGCAGCUGCUGCAACAGGCACAGGCACUCGCACGCACACAGGCUUUCCAACACGCACACGCACCGCCGCCCCAGCAGCCUCCCCGGCUGGCCUACAGCCGCGUCUCGGCGUCCCGUCCGUCGCAGCAGCAGCUGCUGCACGCACGCCAGGCCACGGUGACGACCACGGCAGCGGCGGGCUCGCACCACCUCUCGGGUGGCGCCAUUGCCGGCAUCGUCAUCGGCUGCAUCGUCGGGGUCCUGCUGCUGGCCUGGAUCCUGCGGCUGUGCCUCAACCCACCGCCGGCUUGGCGGCAAGCCUGGCACCGUCACCGGUCUCCUGCACGUCGUCACCAUCGCCAUCACAGCGAUCCUGGUGAUCGUGUCGGCAAGCACAACAACACUGCCAACACCCACAGACACACUCGCUCGGACGCUCGCCGUCCCGAGAUCGAGAUCAUCCAGAAGCCGACGCCGGUCGUCGUGCGGCGCCGCAGCACCAGCCGCCGCCGGACAACCUUUGGCAAGGCCACCACCGCCGUGCGGGCAUCCCACGGCGAACGCAAGGCAGACGACGGCCCAUCAGAAACAGUGGAGCGGGGCCGCAAACCGAGACGGUUCUACGAGACCUAUAGCGGAAGGGCGUAG